AUGAGGUCGACAUUGCUACUCAGCUGCCUCGCAGCAGCAUCACAAUCGCACGCCUUAUCGCUCCCUCUCGGCCUCAGCAACGCUCUCGAUCGACUACGCCCCCAGCAGCCUGUCGCGAUUGAAGAGCGCUUCCUCAUCGAGCAUGGACCGAAUCAAAGACAGUGGGUGACCGAAGAGGAGAAGUGGGCGCUGCGACGACAGGGUCUGCAGUUCUUUGACGUGACAUCCUCGCUCGGCGACGCAGAACUGGAGAGCAGGGCAGAAGCAGUCAAGAAGUCCGUGAAGUACCCAAAGAAGGUCGAGAAUAAUGAGACAGUAUCACCGCUGCUGGAGAAGCUGGACAAGGACAACAUGCGCUCGCAUCUGGAGACGUUCACGAGCUUCCACACGCGCUACUACAAGUCGGACUACGGCAAGAAGUCGUCUGAGUGGUUAAUGGAGCAGGUCAACAAGACCUUGACGGACGCAGGCGUUGGCAUCGUCCAGCCCUUCGAGCAUGACUGGCAGCAAAGCAGCAUCAUCGCCACUUUGCCAGGCAAGAGCGAGAAGACGGUCGUCAUUGGUGCUCAUCAGGACAGCAUAAACCUCUUCCUGCCGAGCAUCCUUGCUGCACCUGGCGCGGACGACGAUGGGUCUGGCACCGUCACGAUCCUCGAAGCGCUGCGAGUCCUACUUCAGGACGAGGACAUAGCUCACGGUAGAGCUGAGAACACAGUCGAGUUCCACUGGUACAGCGCAGAAGAAGGCGGUCUGCUCGGUUCUCAAGCCAUUUUCAACGAGUACUCCAGACAAGGCCGCGACGUCAAAGCUAUGCUGCAGCAAGACAUGACGGGCUACACCCGCGGCACAAUCGCUGCUGGAGAGCAGGAGUCUGUCGGCGUCAUCACCGACUACGUUGAUGCAGGCCUCACCGACUUCAUCAAGGAGGUCGUGAGCUCGUACUGCGAUAUUCCGUACGUCGAGACCAAGUGCGGCUACGCGUGUUCAGACCACGCAUCGGCAGCGAAGGCUGGCUACCCGAGCGCGUUCGUCAUUGAGAGCGACUUCAAGUACUCGGACAAGAAGAUCCAUACGACGGAGGAUCUGAUUGAAUAUCUUGAUUUCGAUCAUAUGCUGCAGCACGCCCGGUUGACCCUGGGUCUCGCCUACGAGCUUGCGUUCUCAACAUUUGAUUGA